CAAAAAGUUCAAUAACAGGAAGCCCAAUAAUAGAAAGCUCAAUGGAAAAAAGCCUGAUAGAAGAAAGCCUAAUAGAAGAAAGUAUAAUUGAAAAAAACCAAAUAGGUAAAGCAAAUGAAACAGGAGAAAAUCUUAUAGAACUUGAGACAAGUCUUACAAAUAAUAGCAACUAUUCAGAAUUUGAUAGAUAUAUAGAUGAACUAGAUGUGCAAAAUGUUGAUAUACAAUAUGAAUUUGAUAUAUCUCAAGACUAUACACCAUCUUCUGCAGGUCUUAAUAUAUAUGAAAAGUUCUUUUGUAGCAGUUUCAUAAUAAAAUGGGAAAGCUAA